AUGGACAACAAGCAAGGAGCUUCCCGCCUGGACAUCAACAGUAGUAGAAAACAAGAGUUGUCGGCUCCCACGCCGCAAAACACUCCCAUUAAUCCAGCUCCCAUUACUUCCAAUUAUCGUCCGAGCGUAUCUAGCAUUUCGGAGGAUACGGAGUCAAAGGUUGACAGCAACAAAAACAACCAUGGUAGCAACAACACAGCCGCAGAAGCGUCGAAUCUGACCGGUGCAUUUACCAGCAAUCCUGCACUUAUCAGUAUGCUUCAAGGCAAACUUGGCAAUCUUGUCGGCCGUCGUUCCGACUAUAUUGAAUCUUUGCCUGUCAACGUCAAGCGCCGCAUACACGGUCUGCAGCAUUUCCAAUCCCAGCACGCCGAGCUUGAGGGCAAGUUUCAAGAAGAAGUACUUGCACUGGAGAAAAAGUAUCUUGCACUGUACACGCCACUGUACACUAAACGUGCUCAAGUGAUUACGGGGACCUAUGAGCCAGCGGAUGAAGAGGUUGCUCUUGGCGAAAAGGUGGAUCAAGAUACAGAGGAAGAAGAAGGGAAAAAAGCAAAGAAAGAAGAGGAGAAGUUUAAGGAGGAGCAUCAACAGCAAGAGCAAGACGAUACCACGAUGAAGGGCAUCCCUGAAUUCUGGUUGACAGCAUUGAAAAACCAUCCUCAAAUCUCGGAGAGUAUCACCGACCAAGACGAGCUGGUUUUAAAACACUUGGUGGACAUUCGCAUGUCGUACAUGGACAAGCCCGGUUUUAAGCUCCACUUUGACUUUGCGGACGACAAUGAAUUCUUUUCCGAUAAGACUUUGACGAAGACGUACUACUACCAAGAACAUGCAUAUGGUGGGGAUUAUGUGUACGAUCACGCGGAAGGAUGUGUCGUCCAUUGGAAGGAGGGUAAAGAUCUGACAGUUAAGGUCGAGACCAAGAAACAGCGCCACAAAGGCACAAACAAGACUCGUGUUGUCAAGCGUACCGUUCCUGCCGAUACGUUCUUCUCCUUCUUCAGUCCCCCAUCAUUCCCGGAUGACAGUACGGAGCUUGACGAAGAGGAAGCAGAAGGCUUGGAUGCCAAACUAGAAGUCGACUAUGAGACUGGCGAGGAGUUCAAAGAUAAAGUCAUCCCUCAUGCUAUCGACUAUUUUACCGGCAAAGCAUUAGAAUAUGAGGACUUCAAUGCCGAAGACGAGUUUGAGCAACCUGCUAAGGGUGAAAAUGCACCUGAAUGCAAGCAGUCGUAA